AUGCCGUCCAAACAACAUGAAGGGCCGCCUCAUCAUUCUUUGUCGCAACAAGGGCCCUAUGUGUCAUCCUCUUCUUCAUCUCAUCAGGAGCGGAAUCAUAUCAACAAUUCUCAGAAUCCACGGACAACAUCAUCCAAUCUUCAAAUCAACACCACCAACACGAAACGAAAAUCGCCGAGCUCUUCAAACAAUAGUAGCAACACAUCUUCUCCAACUGCGAGUUUGUUUUCUUCUUCUGGUAUCAGUUCAGGAAGGCCAGUUUCACCUCACAACAUCACUUCGCCAACAACAACCAUGAAUCAACCUCUCGGCCUCAUUCCUGGAAUUUCUCCUAUCCAUCAUCUUCAUCAUAUCUAUUCCAGUAAAGAUAAUACCAAUUCCGAUACAGAGGAUCCAUCUUAUCGUGCAACAACACGAUCAGUUUCACCCAGCAUACCAAUACCUACAUCAAUAUCCAACAACAACAUUUCACCAAAUAACUCGCUCCAAAAUCAUCAUCAACUUUUGAAUGCCGUAACUUCCGAUCACUCGAGCAACAUUUCCAAUGUCAGUAAUAACACCACCAGUAGUAGUAGUAGCACUAAUAAUAAUAACAAUAAUACUGGUAAAUCCCAUUAUGCCAAUCGCAGCACUGCACGACCACCUUCUCCUCUUUUCAUGAACGCCAUACACUCUGGAGGCAAUAAUCCGUAUUACCAACAACAACAACAACAGCCUAGCACCUAUUCCGACCCAAUAUCUCAGUCCAAUAACGGUCUGUUGAACCCACAACAGCCUUUUCAGCAACUUACCUCGUUUCCUUCGUCAUCACAAUUUCCAAAAAACAAUAUCAAUAAUCCUUUACGUGGCACUGCCACCACUCCAGUCCCGAAAAGGUCACAUGGUAGAGUCAAAGGUUCUCCAUUGAAUAAUCACCUUGGCCAUCAGAGGAGUUCUUCGUUUGAUAUCCAUGCCAUCAUGGAGCACUAUCAUCCUCCAACAACUUCCAUGAUAGGUAACAGCAUAAUACAGCACAGACUAUUCAACCAUAGGACAGCAAUAGUAUUAACCAUCAACCGAUUCAAUCCAACCUUCCAUUUGUUACAGCACCCAUAG